CUUGAAUGGCCUGUAUUACAAUGACUGAAGAAACCUCAAAAAAUUGUUUUAUUUUCCAUCUACUUUGUGUUUCACUUUGUCACAAAGUCUCAGAUAAACACUGAAGUUUGUGGUUAUUCUGGGAUAAAACAAAUAUCUCCAUAAACUGUCACUGGGCAAAUGAUCACCUUUAACAGAAACUCUGUAAGUUAGUUAUAUAAUGUAUAACUUAUAUCAUUAAUUGUUAUGUAGAUGAGUAAAACCUGACAGAUUGAUUCAAACACAGAAAAUGUUCAGUUCUAGUGGAAGAACCUCAAGGUUCUGACCCAAAUAAAAUAACUGGGCUGAAUCACAAAUAAGAUUCGGACAAUAAUGUUGAUACUUUGGUGUCUCUGCUGAUAAUUAAUCAACAGAGUGUCGAUUAAUUAUCAGUGUCAUCACUGUGUCCUAAUGAAUAAUAUCAGCAUUUCGUUCCUUUAUCAGCUCUGUAAGCGUGACGUUCAUGGAGCUGUGGCAGCUCUGGGCUCAGCAUCUCCUCCAUUCAGCUCUGCUGCCUAUAAAUACUGAUGAAGACACCUUCAGCGUCCAUCAGCCGGCUGACUGGCUGGACAGGAAGGACUCCAGAUCCUCAGCGUCUCUCCUCUGGAUCAACCCGGACCUGAAAGCGUUAACUCUGGCUCUCUUUCAAGGCAGCCAUGAAGAUCCUCGUCAUCCUCGUCCUCGUCUUCCUCACAGAUUGUAAUGGUGGACAGUAUGACCAUCCGUCUAGAUGCCAGGUAAAGAUGGCGCAGGACGCUUACUGGGACUAUGUCCAGAAGUCAACAUUGACCCCAAAGGACUAUGUGUGGGACAUCAGACAUUCACAUCCAGGACAGUAUCUGUGCUCCCUCAUCUCACACAGCGUCGAGACGGUCCAGAAGUUCUUCCGCCUCGUGUACGCUCAUAUAGUUAUGUGGAGCACACACUUCUACCACAGGUUCUGCCAAGAGGUAGAUCACCUGCAGCAACACCUCCACGACUUUCUGCACCAUUUGGAAUAUGACAUACACUUCCACGCCAAGGAGCUGGUGGCUCAAAUCCGCUGGCAGCUGGAGGGUAUCAAGAUCUUGGCAGGCCACUACAUUGAAGCCCUGGACCCCAGAGGCCUGAAGAUGGCGCUGCUGGAGAAGAUCAAGGAGCUGAAUGAGCAUUUGAAAAGGUGCUUUGAACUCCUGGAAACUCACCAUCAUGCACACCAUUGUGACCAUCACCAACAUCAUGAUCACAAACCUCCUGGCCACCAUCAUGGUCAACAUCCUGGCCACCAUCCUGGCCACCAUCAUGGUCAACAUCAUGGUCAACAUCCUGGCCACCAUCCUGGUCAACAUCAUGGUCAACAUCCUGGCCACCAUCAUGGUCAACAUCCUGGCCACCAUCCUGGUCAACAUCAUGGUCAACAUCCUGGCCACCAUCAUGGUCAACAUCCUGGCCACCAUCCUGGUCAACAUCCUGGCCACCAUCCUGGUCAACAUCCUGGCCACCAUCAUUGUCACCAUCAUGGUCACAAACCUCAUGGCCACCAUCUUGGUCACCAUCAAGGCCACCAUCAUGGCUACCAUCAUUGUCACCAUGGUCACAAACUUCCUGGCCACCAUCAUCCUCCUGGUCACCCUGUCCACAGCUGUGGACCUGAGAUGAAGAAGAAAAUAGAUGAAAGCAUGAAAGCCUUUAAGACCACCUUGUUCUCCCUGGUCAGGAAGUUUGAGAUGGAACUCGUCCAGACUACCGCAAAGAUCAACAGGAAAAUGGUUCCUCAAGGAAAAAAACCCCACGGCCAGCUGAUUAAAGACUCAGAUCACCUGAAGGAUGACCUGGAGAGUCUGUGGCGAGACUGGAUACUCCUGAGUCAGCAAAAGGUCGACUGA